AUGGUGUUACCAUCCAAUCAUUCCAAUUUUUAUCCGGAUGAUAAUAAUAAUACUAGAUCCAAUGAUACUUUUGAUUCCGGGGGCAGUCCCAAAUACCCCUGGGACGCAUACAUUCAAAAUCUCAUUUUGGGAUGCUUCUUUUGGGGUUAUAUUUGCACUGAACUUCCCGGGGGAAGAAUGGCUGAAGUUUUUGGAGCAAGAAGAAUUUUUGGAUAUGCCACGAUGUGCGCAUCCGUUCUCACUCUUGUUACUCCCUUGGCAUGUAAUAUUAGUUAUAUUGCUGUUAUACUUCUUCGAGUCGUUUUGGGAUUUAUGUUGGGUGUGACGUGGCCCGCUAUUCCGCCCAUUUGCUCUAAAUGGAUUCCACCUUUAGAAAGAAGCAAAUUUAUGGCCAACAUGAUGGCAUCUUCGUUGGGAGCGGCUUUGACAAUGCCACUUUGCGGAUUUUUAAUUAGUUUUUUCGGAUGGGAAUCAGUUUUUUAUGUUACUGGAGUUAUCGGUUUUUUAUGGAGCGUAGUGUGGUUUUUGGUUGUGUUUGAUACACCUGCGCAACACCCGAGAAUUACUGUACAAGAGAAAAAUUUUAUUGAAAACGCCAUUGGCACAACAUCUGGUCCCGGAAAGCCACAUGCAGUACCUUGGAAAAAUAUAUUGACAUCUGUUCCGGUGUGGUCCAUCAUCAUCACUCACGCGUGCAGUGUAUAUGGAUACUUUACCGUCAUAAAUCAACUUCCAACGUUUACUAAAUACAUACUACAUUAUAACAUCAAAGCCAACGGUUUACUUUCAAGUCUUCCGUACCUUGGCAAAUAUGUUUUUGCCGUGAUCACAAGUUAUUUAGCAGAUUAUUUUAGAAAAACUAAUAAGUUAACAACUACGGCAACUAGAAAAAUUUUCACUUCCUUUGCCGUCAUAGUACCUGGAUUUUUAAUGAUCAUUCAAGUGUAUUUCGGUUAUGAUAAAAUAGCAUCCAUUGUUAUAUUCACUCUUGCGUUAACCGUCAACGGAGGAGUAACAGCCGGAUAUCUCAGCAACGGUUUGGACAUAGCUCCUAAUUAUUCUGGAACAAUAUUCGGCUUGGCCAAUACGCUGUCUUCGCUAGGAGGUUUUUUAUCGACUUUGAUGGUGGGAACUUUGACGCAAGACAACCAAACGUAUCAACAAUGGCAAAUAGUUUUCUGGAUUUUAUCAGGAACUUAUUUUUUUGGUGGUGUAGUUUUUUUAAUUUGGGGAACAGGAGAACUACAGGAUUGGAAUUCGCCAAAAGAAAAAUCUCUUCCUCUGGAUUCAAUUAAUUCUCACGAAACAAAGCCGUUGAAAAAUGAUAUUAACGAGAUUUUUUAA